AUGACAGCACGACGAGGACUUUCAUCGUUCAACUUGACGUUCCUCGGAACCGCUUCCGCGCAACCGUCCUUAACCCGAAAUCAUUCUGCACUUGCUCUCCGAUUGAAUAGCGAUGUCUGGUUGUUCGACUGUGGUGAAGCUACGCAGCACCAAAUCCAAAGAUCUAAAGUGAAGAUGGGUAAGAUUGAAAAGAUCUUUAUUACUCAUACCCAUGGGGAUCAUAUAUUUGGUUUACUGCCCCUCUUGGCAAGUAUGCUGAACGGUGCCGGAGGAACAGCGGAUGGAGUAGAGGAUCCUCGUCUGCACAUGGUCCAGGACUUAUUGGGUCCCAUCGAAAUUUACGGGCCCUUUGGAACCAGGGCAUAUGUCCGCAAUGGCCUCAAGUAUACACAUACCCUCCUAGGCGCGCCUUACGUCGUUCACGAAUUGCGGUUACCUUCUGACCCAUUAGAUGGAGACCACACCUCUCUAGCCCUUCAUGCGUCCGAAUCUCCAAACGGCCGUAACAUUCUACAAACAAACGGUGUUUGGUCAGACGUGUAUCACGACGCCAUUGUUUCAGUUUCUGCGGCUCCCAUUUUACACUCCGUGCCGUGCGUUGGUUAUGUUGUAACAGAGGCACCUAUACCCGGAAAAAUGGAACCUGCGAAGUACAUACCACAUCUUAAGCGUACCAAGACGCCGAUGUCCGUUAUGAGCCGCCUUCAACAGGGAGAGAGCAUUGAACUCUCAGAUGGCACAGUGUUACAAGGCCCUCUCAAGAGGCCCGGACGUAAACUUGUCAUUCUUGGAGACACAUAUGAUCCAUCACCAAUAGCCGAAUUGGCUUCAUCUGCGGACUUGCUGAUACACGAAGCAACAAAUGCCCAUUUGCCAGCCUUGGACUCACAUACCAAAGCUGAAGACACAUUUGAGAGCGUCGAGGCACGCACAAAAUCCAGAGGGCACUCUACUCCUCAGAUGGCUGGUGCUUUCGCGGCACGGAUCAGAGCGAGACAUUUAGUACUCAAUCAUUUCUCGGCCAGAUACCCGGGGAACGACGAUGUUGAUCCAACGGCAAAGACAAUUAUGGAGGGCAUUGCACGUUUAGCUGAAGAGCAUCAUAGCGGGAAAAUUACAUGUGCGAGGGAUUUUAUGAGUUUUGACGUGGAUGUACCACAGGAACACGCAUAA